AUGACGAUGAGUAUCCUCGCCGACUGGAUGCCUUUGGCCCCACUCACGGACGAGGAAUUUUAUGGCACAGGAGUCAGUAUCAAAAAAGAGCUCAGCGAAGAUAUUUCCGAGGAUACUUGUAUUGAAAUUAAGGAAGAACAAUUUGAUUAUGCAGAGAAGCCAUUCAGCUGUGAGAUUUGCAAUAAGGCUUUCUCUAAGAAAAAAACUCUAGUACAGCACAUGAGAGUACAUACAAAAGAGAAGCCAUUCAGUUGUGAGAUUUGCAGCAAGGCCUUCUCUGAUAAAGGUACUCUAGUAAAGCAACUGAGAGUGCAUACAAAGGAGAAACCAUACAGCUGUGAGAUUUGCAGGAAUACCUUCUCUCAGAAAGGCAGUCUAGAAAGGCACAUGGAAGUCCAUACAAAGGAGAAGCCAUUCAGUUGUGAGAUUUGCAGCAAGGCCUUCUCUGUGAAAGAUACUCUAAUAAAGCACAUAAGAUACUCUAGUAGGGCACAUGAGAGUACAUACAAAGGAGAAGCCAUUCAGCUUCUCCACGAAGAAAUAAUUUGGUUAGAGAUACGAGAGUACAUACAAAAGGAGAAGCCAUAA